AUGAGCUACAGCAGACCGCCGCCGCGGAUUGAGGGUAUGGUAUCCCUGAAAGUCGACAACCUCACUUACAGGACGACGCCCGAAGACCUGAGGAGAGUGUUCGAGAGGUGUGGAGAAGUCGGAGACAUCUACAUUCCCCGCGAUCGGUUUACGCGAGAGAGCAGAGGGUUCGCUUUUGUCAGAUUUUAUGAUAAACGUGAUGCUGAAGAUGCAUUAGAUGCAAUGGAUGGUCGCAUGCUAGAUGGUAGAGAAUUACGUGUUCAGAUGGCUCGCUAUGGACGUCCAACUUCACCAUAUAGAAGACGACGCAGGAGGUCUCGUUCGCCUAGACGUCGUUCAUACUCAAGGUCCAGGUCUCGUGGCCGUCGUUCACGUUCUUAUUCUAGAUCACGUUCCCGUUCACGUUCUGGUAGUAAAAGUUCAAGAGGACAUUCAAAGUCAGCCAGUCGUUCAAGAUCAUAG